GGGUUCCGACGGUGUGGAACGAGAUGAAGACAAACCCCGCAAUCCUCCAUUCUGCUCUCCGUAAUUCUCGAAGUCUGCGAUCUAGUGACCCGAGCUUCAACAGUAUGAGGUUUCUAGAAAGCUAAUAGUUAUACCGUAACCUCGGGUAAGAAUUACGGCGAACUUCAAGAUUUCAGCGGUGAAGAAAACCGGAAGCGGCUUAGCGAACGCCUUCGAGGGCUUGGGGAUAAAGAAAUUUGGGGUACGACGGAGAUAUUAUGGAGUCGUAUGGGGUAUCCUGGUUGGAGAACCGAUCGAGAUUGGGGAUUCUGGGAUUACAUUAAAGAACGUAGAUCGACGAGCCUCAAAGGUAGGAAAUAUGUUCCUCGCCAAUUUCUUCCGUGGGCUUUUGCCAGUGGGACCUUUGAGACCGUAGGUAAUUUGGAGCGAUGAAGCUCCCCCGGAGUUAUGUCGUCAGCAUUUUGAUGCUGGCCGUGAGGGCUACCCAAGCCAAUGCAGCCAAAGAUUUCACAGGAUAUGUGAAUCCCUUCAUUGGCACCGAAGGCCCAGUGAAGGGUACAGCUUUUAACGCUGGCAAUGUCUUUCCCGGGGCUACUCUUCCCUUCGGAGCAGUCAAGGUUGGGAUUGACACUACUCGGUGGAAUGUCUCAUUCUCGGCAAAUGGUGGAUAUACACCAGAUGGCAACGUAACCGGAAUCACGAUGCUCCACGAAAGUGGAACGGGAGGUGCACCGACAUACGGGUUCAUACCGCAGAUGCCCCUUACAACUCUCGAUGGUGUCAAUUUACUAGAUAACCUGACUUACAUGCAACCAAGAGUCGGCGAAGAUGUAGCUAGCGUCGGAUACUAUAAGACUCAGCUUCAGAGCGGCGUCACUGCCGAGAUGAGUGCUAGCAUGCAUGCCGGAAUUAUGAAGUACACAUACCCUAAAGACGCCGACGGACGUUUCGUUCUCGUCGACCUAAGUCACUUCCUCCCAAGCACUGGAAAGAAAGAACAAUGGUAUAGCAACGGGAAACUUGAGCGUAGCGACGAUGGUGCCUGGUACUCGGGAUAUGGCGUUUACCGAGAGGGCUGGGCUUGGGGCGGUGACUUUCGAGUAUACUUCUGCGCUCAAUUCGACUCUACCCCGUCGCAAGCCCAGCUAUUCUCGGGGAAGGCAACAGAUCCAUACUGGCCAAACACUACUGAUGUUAAGCCGACUUUUACCAAUCGGACCUGGAUCGAGGGUGGAACUAUAGGAUACCAGUACGCAGACCGAAUUGGUGGUCUAUUUGAAUUCCCGUCGAACGUCACGACUGUCAAAUCUAAAGUCGGGAUAUCGUGGGUUUCAACAGACAAGGCGUGUCAAUUCCUUGAAGAAAUCCCGCAUUGGGAUUUGGAAGUAGUACGAGAUGCCGCUAAAGAUCAGUGGAACUCGGAAGUACUCUCGAAAAUUGAUGUUACAACUACGAACGACACUCAGUUAGAGAUGUUUUAUACGGCGAUGUAUCAUGCUCACCUACUCCCGUCAAACAGGACAGGGGAAAAUCCGUAUUGGGAAUCCGAUGAGCCUUAUUAUGAUGAUUUCUACACCAUUUGGGAUACAUUCAGAUGUCUUCAUCCCCUCCUAACCCUCAUUCAACCCAAGACUCAAAUCGGGAUUGUCCGAGCUUUAAUUGACAUCUGGCGAUUCGAGAGAUUCAUGCCGGAUGGGAGAAGCCAUAACUUCAACGGCAGGGUACAAGGGGGUUCCAACUCGGACAACGUGCUCGCCGACGCCUAUGUCAAGGGGCUUCAGGGAGGCAUCAAUUGGACAGACGGCUACGCAGCUAUGAAAACUAAUGCGGAAAUCCAACCAUACAAUAAUUUCGACUUCGAGGAUCCGACGGGGAGCACGAAAGAAGGUCGCGGUGCGCUCAAUGAUUGGAAGAAAUAUGGCUAUGUGACGCCUUCAAAAGGCCGGUGUCUUAGCAAGACGGUCGAGUACUCAUUGAAUGACUUCUCGCUGUCUCAAGUCGCCAAGGGAGAAGCACCUGAAGAUGCAGUCAAAUAUCUGAAUCGUUCAGCGGGCUGGCAGAAGACGUGGGCCGCGGACGUGACAUCAUUGAAUGUUACCGGUUUCCUCGCCCCGAUGUACCCGAACGGCACCUAUCAAGACUACGAUCCACUAUCAUGCGGUGCCUGCGAAUGGAGCAGUAUCAGCUACGAGGGUGUUCCGUGGGAGUACACCUGGACAAUCCCAUUCGACAUGAAGUCCCUAGUCUCUCUCAUGGGCGGCCCCGAAAAGGCCGAGGCAAGACUCGACACCAUGUUCAUCCCGGGCCUCACGCGGUCGAACCAAGGCGGAAACAGCCUCGGCACGACGAUAUUCAACCCCGGGAACGAGCCGAGCUUCAUGACGCCGUUCCUAUACAACUACUUCCCGAAGCGACAGCAUAAGUCCGUUCAGAGAUCGCGCGAAGUCGUUGACCAGUACUAUAACACCGGGCGCUCGGGGAUCCCGGGGAACGACGACGCGGGGGCUAUGAGCAGCUGGUUGGUCUGGAAUAUGAUCGGCUUGUACCCUGUGGUGACGCAGCCGGUGUACUUGGUCCUUGCCCCGCGGUUCGGGGAUGUUACUAUGAAACUUGGGGAUGAGGGGGCGGUUUUGAGGAUAAUGGCUACGGGGCUGGAUAAAGGGCCGUAUGUACAAAGUCUUAAAGUUAAUGGUGAAGCGUGGGAUAAGAGUUGGAUUGGACAUGAAGAUAUAGUGCGGCCUGGGGGGCAGGAUAGCUUGUUGGAGUUUGAGCUGGGCGCUGAGAAGACGGCGUGGGAUGUUGGUGAGGUGCCGCCUAGUCCUGGUCAUGUUGUGCUAUGAUAGCCAUCUGAGCAUGAUACUUUGGGAAUGCUUGAUACAUAUGAAAAAAAGGGGUUGUUUC